GCUCCGUGUGGCUCCAGCGGCUCUUGUGGUCUUUCCGGAUCAUGUAAUCCAUGCGACCCUUGUGCUCCGUGCAGCCCGUGUGAUGCAUGCGGUCCGUGCCGUGCUUGUGGUCUUCUGGACCAUAUAAUUAAUGCAUCCUGUGUUCCAGACAGCCCUUGUUUUCCUUCUAAUUCAUAUGGUCCUUGUGGUCUGUGCAGUCCGUGUGGUCCGUGCAGUCCUUGCAAUCUCUGUGUUCCUUGCGGACUGGCAACGCGUGUGAUCCAAGCGGCCCUUACGGACUGUGCAUUCCCUGUAACCUGUGUGGACCUUUCGGCAAAUCUAACCCUUGCACUCCAUGCGAACCGAUAA